CUCCGUUCGCUUCUUCAUACUUCGAUCUCUAGUCUACUCGCCGAUUGUUACUCAACACCAUGGCGCCAAAGAAGGAUAAGGUUCCGCCGCCCUCAUCGAAGCCGGCCAAAUCUGGCGGUGGAAAACAGAAGAAGAAGAAGUGGAGCAAGGGAAAGCAAAAGGAGAAGGUUAACAACAUGGUGUUGUUUGAUCAAGCUACUUACGACAAGCUUCUCACUGAAGCUCCCAAGUUCAAGCUCAUCACUCCUUCCAUUCUCUCCGACCGUAUGAGGAUCAACGGGUCUCUAGCAAGGAGGGCUAUUAGGGAGCUAAUGGCGAAAGGUGUGAUCAGAAUGGUAGCUGCUCACUCGAGCCAGCAGAUCUACACUCGUGCCACCAACACCUAAACAGUUUAACUUUGUUUACGGUUUGGCUAUCGAAUCUCAUCUCAGUUUUUGCAUUUUGAUGUAGACUUUAAACAUCAGAGCUCUAAUACUUUUUCACUCCGUUGUACUCGAGAUCUUUUAGAAUGCUUUUUUGGGAUAUUAUGUCAAUUUAAUUCGGAAUCAUUUUCUAUU